CACAGAUGAGUAGAUGAGAGGGGGGAGGUUCCCUUCACAUGACAGCUGACAGGCUGACGACCAGCUGAUCGUGUCCGACCACAGUGACACACGAGCGGCGGCCGCGAGGGGGCGCAAGAGCGCAGACAGGGAGAGGCGGGUCGACGGAAGUUUUGACCCCAUGCAGGAUGUUUACCUUUUUGUUUUUGAUCCAUGAACUCUUAUUGAAACAUAAAUGAAUCUUCAGAACUUCGUUUAUUGAAGACACGAACUUAAUCGUUACGUUGACAUUUAUAUUUUUCACGCUGUAGGGCGUCAAGGCAGAUUAAUGACAACAUGCCGACGACGAACAGACAGAAGAAGAAGAAGAAGAAGCAGCAGGGGAGCGACACGGCGGUGCAGGGAACCAACGACAGCAGCGUGGUGAGCAAGGUGUCGGCGGCGGCGCAAGGAUACUUCCACGACGACUUCCUGCAGCACUUUGUGUGCAAAGCGUCCCGGAGGGCGCCGCUCAUCAACAGGGGCUACUACGUGCGCUGGCGAGCGGUGGAUCACUGCGUGAGGACGUUUUUACAGGUGACUGAGGACUGCCCCAACAGGCAGAUUUUGUCGCUGGGCGCAGGUUUCGACUCGUUGUAUUUCCGCCUGCGUGCGGACGAAGCCCUGGGGGCGGUCGUGUUCGAGGUGGAUUUCCCCGAUGUCGCCCGGCGUAAGACGUCGCUCAUCUCCUCUAAUGUCUCGCUGAGGGGGAUGUUAGACUCGCAGCUACCUUCUGCCGCAGGAGCUGUGUGUGUGUGCAGCGGUCAGUACCGUCUGUUGGGGCUGGACGUCCGGGAGGAGUCUCAGGUGAAGGAGGCUCUGGAUGCAGCCGGAUUCGACUGGACUUCCCCGACUCUGAUUCUCUCUGAGGUGGUUCUCACCUACAUGGAGACACGAUGGUCGGAUGUCGUCGUCAGUUGGGCGGCGAAGCUCCUUCCUCAAUCGCUCUUCGUCAUGUACGAGCAGAUCCGUCCACACGAUCCCUUCGGUCGCAUCAUGCAGGAUCAUUUCCGGAAACUGAACUCUGCUCUGCACGCCGUGCGACAACACCCAGACGCUGCCGCGCAGAGACGCCGCUUCCUGGACAAGGGCUGGGAUCAGUGUGUGUGUCUGGAUAUGAAUGACUUCUACCUGGGACUGGUCCCUGAGGAGGAGCGUGGCCGAGUGGAGAGACUAGAGCCUUUUGAUGAAUAUGAGGAGUGGCACCAAAAAUGUUCCCACUACUUCAUCCUCACUGCGUCUCGAGGAUCUCUGAUGGCUCGGGCUUUACUCACACGUCCUGCAGUAUCUCCGGUGCCGUCCGUGAGCCCGUCUUGGAGGCCCGUGGCCCUGAGAGUGAGGCCGGUCCCAGUGAGUGUGGAGGGUCUGGGGAUGGCGUCCGCCUCAGUGGGUCCAGGACGGGUCCUGCUGACGGGCGGCUGCAGCAGAGGGGGCCGGGGGGCGGAGAGCAGGGUCGUCGUCGGAGGCCCGGGAGGCUGGAGGUCCGUCAGCGUCGACCCGUCGGCAGAUCUGGGUGUACGACUCUACCACACGGUCACGUCCGCAGGAGGAGGAGUCGUGGUGUACGGCGGUCGCUCGUCUCCUCUCCGCCCGGUCACGGACCUUCUGAAGGUGACCCUGGCCCCUGUCGGGGCCCCUGCUCCUCUGGACUCUGAGGGGAAGCUGUGUGUGGAGCAGAUGGUCUGUACGGGCGAUUCACCGCCACCAAGAUGGAGGCACACGGCUACAAUCGUCAGGCACAAAGGAAAAGACUUCCUGUUCGUGUUUGGUGGAAAGAACCAAUCAGAUGCGGCUCUGGGUGACGGACACUUCCUGUGUCUGGAUCGGCAGCACUGGACUGAGAUGCCAGUAGAGGGUGCAGCACCGGCGGCCGUCCACUCCCACUCGGCCUGCUCGUACCAGGGAGGCGCGGUGGUGUUCGGGGGCCUGGACGGACGGGCGGUGCCUCUGGGGGACACGGUCGUACUGAGGCCCACCGACGGAGGCUUCUCCUGGGACAGACUGGAGGUGCAGCCGCCCCCUGCUCCCAGAUACUCUCAUUGUGCCCGUGUGAUGGGAGAGAAGCUGGUGGUGGUGGGCGGAGUCUGGCUGCAUUCGGAGGGCGUACCUGGCGUCGUCGUGAUCGACCUCAACACACGGAGCAGCGUGGAGUUCAGUCUGGACACGGGCUCGGUGUCGUGGCCUCUGAUGCUUCACUCGUUCUGCUGCGAGCAGACGGACUCGGAGGAACCGGAGCUGCUGCUGGUCGGCGGAGGAGGAAACUGCUUCUCCUUCGGGACUCACUUCAACCCUCAGCCCGUCGCCGUGGACCUCAGGCCGGCGCUGGGGUGAAGCCAGAGACUGAAACGCUGGAGUUUAAAUCCAACCAGAGGGACGGGUUGGUGUCAUAUCGUCUGCCUGACGCUCGGACGGCAGUGGUUCCCUGCACACACGCGGUCGUAUCCAAACUAUUUUAGCUUUAGUUUUUGUCCAACGGGAGGAAGUGAAGAUGCGUCGUCCAUCUUUAUUUACAGUCUAUAUUUGAUAACAUCACUAGUUUUACAUAUUUUUCACACCAUUUCAAUGUUUUUGAAUAAAUGAACAUAAACCCACA